ACCUCGCAGCUCAAAAUAACCCUCGCUGCAUGAAUGAUGGCUGAGAAACAGUAACAGGUGCUCUGUAGGCUUGCCAAGGCACCAGGGUGGCUGAGGUAGCUGCUGUGCUCGUUGCCAAGUUGGGGGCACUGCCUCGAAAAGACAGGGGUGCGGGGAGAGCGCUCAACAACUUUUCAGCACUGCUUGCAGUGUGUUGACCUAGAUAAAACUCAGAAAAAGCUGGGCAACGGACCCAAGCACAAAACCUGGCUCAGAGCUUGAGUGUUUAACAGGCAGCGGACAAACUAGCUUUUAUUUUUCCCGGGCAAAAUAGAUUCCCUAAACAAGCAGGGAUCAGGAAAAGGGGCUAUGAUGUGGCCAAACUUUUUCCUUCAGGACCGAGAGCAGCGCAUAGCUAUGCGCAGGAGGGGGGACACCCAACGACCGAAAGUUCUGACGGACGAGCAGGAAGGCAAGAUCAAGCUGGCAUUCUUUGUGGCCAUCGUGGGGAUGACCCUGACGGUGUUGGCGGUGGGCACAGAAUUCUGGGUGGAACUCAACACCUACAAGCAGAACCACUCCGCCAUCUGCGAGGCCGCCCACUUCGGCUUGUGGAAAUUCUGCUACAAGAAACUCUGGGUCUACGAUGUGGGAGAAGAGAGAGACACCUGCGGGCCUGCGGAGCUGCCUGGUGAAGCUAAUUGUUCUUAUUUCAAAUUCUUCACCACUGGCGAGAAUGCCAACAUCUUCCUAAGGACUACAAAAAAGGAACUGAACAUCACGGCAGCCGUUGUGUCCCUCCUCAGCAUUACCUUGAUGGCCAUGGGAUCCCUCUGUAUCACAAUGGCCCUGAGCAAAGGAGUUGAAUUCCUUCUGAAGCCAGCAUCAUGCUUCUUUAUAAUAUCAGGAUUGAUGGUGUUGGUUACUUUGGAGAUUUUCCGACAAUCGGUCCGAUGGCUUAUCACCUCCAAUGACACCAUCCCACUAGAAUAUGAGUAUUCCUGGUCUGUGGCUUGUGCAGUGUCUGCAGGGGCAAUUCUGAUAUUUGGGGGAGCCUGCUUCAUCCUAUUGUCUAUCCCAGAUUUGUCCAAAAAGCCUUGGGAAUAUUGCAUCAGAAAGAGAAGCACCAGUGACCAAACCUCCUAAUGUUGGAGGAAAAUUCAAAGUCUCUCUAACUUUCAUUCUGCAACCUUUACACACAGAGGCGGAAAGAAUCAAUCUUCCCCAUUCUACCCCCUGCCCUAUUUCUCCAGCUACUGGACACACUUUUCUUCCCUAUUUUGUGACUUGUAAAUAGAACCAGUUGUGCUUGUCUUGUUUUAAUUUGGGGUGGGGGAGCAAGGGAGGGGGGACUGCAAAAAAAGGGCUCCAUUGAUAAACAAGGGACAGCUGUGUUAGUGAACUGAGACACUAACAAAUCGAGGGAGGCCUGUAUUUAAAACCCAGUUUUUAUAAAUAGAUAUUUUUAGCUCAACAAGAGGACUUGUAUCUUGAAAGUCUUUUAAAUUCGAGGUCAGACAACAAAAUCUCGUGUCAAUUUCCCACCUUAGCCAAGUUUCGCCCAGAACAAAAAUUACAGUUCUUCUGUUGGAAAGUUGAAAGAGCAUGAAAAGAACAAAAGAAUCUUGCAAUUUGGCUUACAUGUUUUCCUUUUUUGCAUAUCCAAAGGAUUCACCCAAAAAUAUGGUCUCUAGCUAGGUCCUUUGAGAAUGAUGGGGAGACACUGCAGUUACCAACCUAACUUUCCAAACCACGGGUAAAUUCUUAACCUACCAUUUGGGUAACCUGAAAAGGAUUCACAAGAUUUUUGUUCAGAUGAAUUUCCAUCCAGCAUCCUGCCAGAUUAACUAGCGAAAUCAAUGGAUAGGCAGAAAAUUCAAAACUCAUUUUUUCUCCCCCCAAUUAAGUAUCAUAUAUAAAAAAUAUAUCUCUUGAAACUUUUCCAGUGAAUAAUGCUUCUAGGAGCAGAGUCCAACUGAUAAACUAACAUGAAUUGCAGUUCUCUGCUCAGAGAAGGCACACACAGAGAGUGUAGGGAAACCACUUAUAGCAGGAACUUUCUUGAUUUAAGAAUAACUUCUGAAGGGAAGUGGAGAGAAAGUUGCAAGCAGCUACAGGUUUACAACAUAAAUUUAUAUGCCUAACCAGCAUCCUUUGUCUGCUCUAGACACCAUAGCCACUCUCCAGUGACAAUGUUUUAUCUUCUUGAUAUGAUGGUGGUUUAAGGCACUUGGAGACAGUCAUAUGAGCUGGGGAAUUCUGGGGAGUUGAAAUCCACACAGCUGAAAAUUGCUGAAAUUAAGAAAGACUGUUUUAAAACACCUGUGACUAUGGUGUAGAAAUAAGCCACUAAGAAACCUCUAUUGGACUUUGCUAUUUUGUGCUGAUUUUCCUCAAAAUCCACAUAUUGCCUAGGAUUGACAGGGAUUAAUGCAACAAUGUUGGAAAGGAUUGCAAGCCAAGUUGCUCUGAUGAAGGAAGGCAGAGUUUUUCAGCCAUACUGGCUGGGGAAUUCUGGGAGUUGAAGUGCAGCCAUUUUAAAUUUGCCAAGGUUGAGAAACACCGAAAUAAGAAAUAAAGACAUAUGGAUGAUGUUUCUCUUCACUGCCUUAAUUUGUUCCAAAGAUAACCUCUGUUUUUAUGGAGACAGGAAGGACCAUUCCCAUUUCUUUUACCCUGCUUUGCUUUGCUGUAAUUGGGGAAUGGGGGAGAUGGGUGGCAAAAUUAUUUGGGGUGGGGGACAGGAAAUCAUGCCUUUUUGUUUCCCAGAGCCCUACUCUGUUUUUUGCAAAACUAAAUAAAUGUUUGAAGGACACCAUCAUAGUGGAUGGUAUUUGUGGUAAAUCACGCCGUUACAGAUGGUGCAGAAAGCAGAAUCAAUAAGAUUCUACAGAACAAUUCAAGGGGAUAGGCUGUUUCAUUGAAAUAAUUUCUUUUUUCUUGAAUUGCUAGACCAGAUUUCAUCAAUUUUUAGUCAAAACUUUCCGAAAACGGGAAAAAAUUGUUUUCCCAGAAUUUUUUUUAACCAUAUAUUGAAGUUCUUUGAUAGGACGAUAUUAACAGUGAAUUAAUUUGAAACUGUAUUCUGGGGCACAACUGGAAGCCAUUAAAUAUUCAGCUGCGGUCAGGUGUCUGCAAGAUAUGAUCAAAAACAGCAGUGCAAUUUAAACUCUGCUGUUUUAAAAAAAAGUGAGAGGAAUUUCAAUCACAACAUUGGACCAAUAGCUAGGCUUUGUUGUUAUUAUUUAUCAUCAUACAGUCAGCCAGAUAUUUAGACUGGAUUUGGCAUCUUUAUCCAUCUAUCGAGUCCCUCCCAAGGGUGUGAUAUAGGCAGAUGUGAAGGUAUUAAAGGUAUCAACCCAAAAUAUACAGUAAACUGUUCCAUGUAAAGCUGCCUUUUGCAAUUGAUUGACAGCGAUUUUGUCAAUGAUGAUGGUGUUCAGGUGGUGUAUUAUUAUUAUUAUUAUUAUUAUUAUUAUUAUUAUUAUUAUUAUUAUUUACCUAAUAUAAUAUGCCAGCAUCCCUGCAUACUUUCCAUCACAUAUUAAUUUAGAUGAUGCAGUCUUUUAAAAGUCAGUUUUGAAUCUAUUUGUUGUAUCUCCAAGUCAUUUUAAGACAAUCUAAAUCAAUCUACGUGAAAUAUAAUGCAAACAAGUCCUUUUAAGAGACUUUUCUUCAUUGUUUAGGGCUGAGGCCUAGCAAAGGCCCUAGGGAUUGGGGCGUGAAAAGCAGAGGUCUGUAGUCUUGUGAGAUUACAGAAGGAGGGGAAAAUGUCAAGGCACAAAAUUACAUACGGGUUUUCUCCAGCUGGCCUUACGCAAGAUGCAAAGAGCUCAGCUUCUAUUCCUCCUUGUCAGCAUCUCAGUCCUGGGACAGGGCGUCCCACGGCAAGGGUCCUCCAGCUAACGCUUACGACUCUCUCCUCAGUUAUUCUCGUUCUGCUCUGGGGCCUCUCCAGUUACAUGCUGGGAUGUAAACAGUGCCCUGGUCUCUUUUUUUGGUCUCUGCAGAGUUUUGCAUAGCAAGGAAACAACUUGUCACAAAAAGACCUGCUUCUAAGCAACCACCAGCUUUCCCUUUAACCUGGAUUCCCCUACAAGGGGAAUUCAACAGAGCAAUGUGAAAUCAUCCACCUUCUUAUUCAGGUUUAAAGAUACAGUAAUGUGGUCUGUGAAUGGCAGAUUUUUUAAAUUGUAGCUGUAAGGCUACUACAUUGAAGCCAGAAUAAGCCAGUGGCUAAGCAGUAUUUCUUCUAGCUGGCUAAACAAGCAAUGCCAAAAUGGGUGCCCCUCUCCCCAGCCUGGCCUCACACCCAGUUAUUUUUGCAGCAGGAAAGCAACAACAAGCAUUAUUUAAAAAGCAGGUCGCUAUUUGUAAAGCUGCUCGAAAGCCCAAUGCCAGGAUAUCCCGGAGCACAAUGGCAGCUUAGCAGCUUUGGGGAGGGAGCCAAAGAGCGGGGGUGGGUGGGGACUGGCAGGGGUCCAAAGGAGCUCCGAUGGUGCAAAAAUGAAAUUUUGCUAUUGGAACUGCAGUACAGCUGAGCUGAGGAGAAUCAAUUCAGCUGCUUCACAUCCAUGACGGUAUGGGAUUAAGGGGGUGUGGCGCCAUGCUGGGAGCGGUGCCAGUGCUCAGUGUGAAACUAGAACAACCCAUCCAAACAAUUAGAAAUGGGGCUACUAAUUUAGUGCAAAUCCUUUUGCAUUUGACCACAGCUUGACAUGCAAAAAUCAGGAAGCGAGGGAGAUUGAAGUAGGGAGAAAUGUAUUGGUAGAUUGAUCAGUGGCUAAACAACCUAACGGUUUUCAAAGAGGCUGCUUUGUACCAGAUAAGUUUAAUUUUGGAUCACUGUGACUAUGUUUCUUUCUACCAAUUUAUCAAAGGCCCCACUUAGAUAUAAUCUGGAUGUGAACAAGUUCUUUCUGCCAGAUCUUCAUGACAUUCCGUUCAUCUCAUCUCUAACCCAUUCCUGAGACAGGUAUCCUUAAAUCAUCCUUAGCAGAUUGGGAGUUAAAAUAGCAUUUUCCCCAUCAAACAAGCCAUAAACUAUAACUGUUUUGCUGUGGAUGAAGUUUAACUCACUUCACCAAGCAUCUCAUCACUGUCAAUCAAGUGACCUCUGAGGCCAUGGGAUCAGCCCACCACACGGUAAUCCUUGAUUUAUGACCACAAUUGGGACCAUCAUUUCUGUAGCUAAGUGAGAUAGUUGUUAAGUGAGUCACACCCAAGUUUUUUGCCACAGCUCUUAUAAAUCUCUGCAAUUGUUAAACGAAUCAUGCAGUAAAAAUGAAUCCAGCUUCUUGGGUUGACUUUGUUUGCUAGAAGCCAACUGGGAAGAUUGCAAAUGGUUAUCACAUGACUUCCAAAUGUUGCUACAACCAUCAUAAACACAUGCCAGUUGCCAAACACCCAAAUUUUGUUCACUUUUAUUAGUGCUGUGGUAACUAUGAACAGUCACUAAAAAAAUUGUUGUAAGUCGAGGACUACUGUAUUAGCCAUCAGGCUGGUGACAGCCCACACUAUUCUCAUCACCUUGACCAUUUUUCUUUGCACACAGGAAGAAUCCAUUAUUUCAAUCCAAACUUGGGGGGAAAAGUUGGAGUAGGAGUGUGGGGGAGAGGUUUCUGUAUCCCAGGCUCAUGAGGUUGUUAAAUUGUCUAGUUAACCUGUCACAUUUUUCCUGCACUGCCUGGAAAAUCUAGGUUAUUCAGGCAGAGUAAGAAGGAAAAUUUGAAGUGUAUCUGGUAGGGAUUGGCAUUGGCAUUCACAGACAAAGCUACGGCCCCAACAGGAUUGCAGUCUGGCUUCUCCAGGCAGAGUGGAGACACUUUCAUUCAUAUCUUAAAACCAACUGUGGAAACUUGAAAACUCAGACUUAAGCACCCAGCGAGCAGCUUAAUUUCUAUUUAUUUAUUGUGGUUUAUGGGUUGCAGUUUGGGAAAAUUUGUUCCAUGCUGUUGUAUGUAUUCAUGACUCUGGACAGAAAAUUGUGUAGCAUCUACUCAGUUUUUAUCAGAAAUGUGGCCAGAGAAUUUAGGAUUGAAAUUGAUGUCUCUUAAUUAAUAAACUCUUUGUUUGAAUUACAUGUGUAUCCUAUCAACAAUAUUAAAAAGAUUGGGGGUAGAAGUUAAAUAAAGAAAAUGGUUCUUUCCAAGCUUCA